UAUGAUUUGUCAUAUCGGAUCGGUCGGUUCUAAAAAACUUGGCUUAGAGUAAAAAAACUGAGUUUAUUAUUUAAAAAGCUUUAAAUUAGAAGAGAAAAAAUACAAUUAAUAUCAGUAAUGGAUGAUCAAGGGAGGAAAGUUAUUGUUUGCGACAAUGGAACGGGCUUCGUGAAAUGUGGUUAUGCUGGCAGCAAUUUCCCUGCAUUCAUAUUUCCUUCUAUGGUGGGCAGACCCAUUAUAAGAGCUGAGAAUAAAAUAGGAGAUAUUGAUGUGAAGAAUAUUUGUAUCGGAGAUUUGAUGGUAGGAGAUGAGGCAUCACAGCUCAGGAGUAUGCUCGAAGUUAGCUAUCCUAUGGAGAAUGGGGUGGUCCGCAAUUGGGACGACAUGUGUCACGUGUGGGACUACACUUUCGGUCCCAGCAAGAUGAAUAUAGACCCGCAUGAGACCAAGAUCUUACUCACUGAACCGCCCAUGAACCCCACCAAGAACAGGGAGAAGAUGAUAGAGGUUAUGUUCGAGAAGUACGGCUUCGACAGCGCGUACAUCGCCAUACAAGCGGUGCUCACGCUGUACGCGCAGGGGCUGAUAUCCGGCGUGGUCGUGGACUCGGGCGACGGCGUGACGCACAUCUGCCCCGUGUACGAGGAGUUCGCGCUGCCGCACCUCACGCGCCGCCUCGACAUCGCCGGCCGCGACAUCACCAGAUACCUCAUCAAGUUGCUGUUGCUCCGCGGCUACGCGUUCAAUCACUCCGCCGACUUCGAGACGGUGCGCAUGAUGAAGGAGAAGCUCUGCUACAUCGGGUACAACAUAGAGCAGGAACAGAAACUGGCCUGGGAGACCACCGUGCUCGUGGAACCUUACGUCUUGCCCGACGGUCGGGUGAUCAAAGUGGGCGGGGAACGUUUCGAAGCUCCCGAGGCGCUGUUCCAGCCGCACCUCAUCAACGUGGAGGGGCAGGGCAUCGCGGAACUGGUCUUCAACACCAUACAGGCGGCCGACAUCGACAUGCGCAACGAGCUGUACAAGCACAUCGUGCUGUCGGGCGGGUCCACGAUGUACCCGGGGCUGCCGUCGCGGCUGGAGCGCGAGAUCACGCAGCUGCACCUGGAGCGCGUGCUGCGCCACGACGGCGCCAAGCUGCAGCGGUUCAAGAUCCGCAUCGAGGACCCGCCGCGCCGCAAGGACAUGGUCUUCAUCGGCGGCGCCGUGCUGGCCGAGGUCUGCAAGAACCGCGACAGCUUCUGGCUCGCCCGCCGCGAGUACCAGGAGCAGGGGCUCGCCUGCCUCAGGAAGCUCGGGCCCCGCGCCAGUUAG